GCAGCCUGGCACUGGGCUCCCUAAGGAAGACUGUUCAGAAAGGAAAGCUCAUGGAUUUCACCAGCACAGUCAUCAUCCCCCUGCUUUUUGGCAGCCUGGGGAUCUUUGGCCUUUUCCGGCUGCUGCAGUGGAUGCGGAUGAGAGCUUACCUGCAGGAAGCAGUGGUGGUGAUCACAGGGGCUACCUCUGGCCUGGGAAAAGAGUGUGCAAAAGCCUUCCAUGCAGCUGGCUCCAAGCUGGUGCUCUGUGGCAGAGACAGUGAGAAGCUCAAAGACCUGGCACAGCAGCUUUCUACUGUGACCAACCACCGAAAGAACACACACAAACCUCACACGGUGGUGUUUGACCUCUCAGACACUAAAGCUGUGGUAAAUGCUGCUGAAGAGAUCCUCAAGUACCUGGGUCAUGUGGACAUACUGAUCAACAAUGCAGGCAUCAGUUUCCGUGGCACAAUUGUGGACACAAGGCUGGAUGUGGAUAAGAAAGUGAUGGAAACAAAUUAUUUUGGCCCCAUAGCCCUCACCAAAGCACUUCUCCCCUCCAUGAUCAAGAGGAGACAAGGCCACAUUGUGGCCAUCAGCAGUGUUCAAGGCAAAAUAAGCAUUCCUUUCAGAUCUGCCUAUGCUGCCUCUAAGCAUGCCACCCAGGCCUUCUUCGACUGCCUGCGAGCAGAGGUGGAGCAGUAUGACAUUGAGGUGACAGUUGUGAGCCCUGGGUACAUUCAGACAAACCUCUCCCUCAACGCUGUGACAUCAGACGGAUCUCGCUAUGGAGUUAUGGACAAGAACACAGCUGAAGGACAGACAGCUGCGGAGGUCGCUCAGGUGGUUCUCAAUGCAGUGGGACAGAAGAAGAAGGAGGUCCUCGUGGCUGGCCUCACCCCCUCCCUGGCUGUCUACCUGCGAAACAUCUUCCCCAGGCUCUUCUUCACCUUAAUGGCCACCAGAGCGAAAAAGGAGAGAAAGACAAAGGACUCUUAGAGCUCAGCUCCUCCGAGCAGUAACCUGUAGGGGGAGGCCAAUGCCCUGCAGUUUGGCUGGGACGGCAGUGGAGGUGCUCCUGCAGGAGAGGCCUUUCUCAAAAUGCUGCAGUUUGCCAUUGCAUGGAGACUGGGAAGCAGUUCCCCCACGUUAGGGCAGGCCCCUCUUGCUGGAAGACAGCACCUAAACCUCACCUGAAGAAGGGUGCUGGGACAAGGGGGAGAGCUGAGGCUGCAUGGGAGGACACACUACUGCAGGGUAGGCCCAUGUGCUGGAAGCCAGCACCUUCCCUCACCUCACUGCAGGCAUGCUCGACUUCACAGCCCUGCCACAAAUAAACCCCACCUGUUUGGCCUUCACACCAGCAGGUCUUGGCUUUCUGCAUCCCACUGCCUCUGUGAAACACAGUACUCAGCUGGGAGUUCUUGGGAUCAGUGUCUCCUCUUCAUCUGACCUAGUACAUGUUGCUUGAAGUGGGAAACUUCAGAGCCUCUGCUUGCUAACAUGCCAAAACAUCUGAUACAUGAGGCUAAAGUCAGGUUACUGUGAUCUGUUAAGCCAUCCAGUGCCAAUCUGAAGUAGGAACUGAUGUGAGAAUCUGUGUGUGUAGGCUGGGCAAGAGACAAAUGCUUAGGUCUCAUCUGGUUUAAAGCAAUCACAGAUGCUAAGUGGGGAUCCCAUCCAGUGGGGGAACAGUAUCAGAGACUUCAAGGGGUCUGACAGCCUGAGCAAGUGCCACACUCUGUUCUUCACCCCUUCCCCUCAGGUGAGAGAUACCAGCACCACUAGCAAAAAGGAAUGGCUGCAUAGAGAGAACUCAAUAAGGACAGAAAUAUUUUUUUUUAAACUUAUAAUUGAAAUAAAGCCUACUUGUAGGAACCAGAUUCCAGAACCAAAACCUACUAGUAGGAACAAGAUCCAUAUCCCUGCUGCCACCUCCAUGCACUUCCCAGCAUUUUCUACAUGUACUGCCUUGAAUGUCCUGCCUGUGACUGCACAUCUGAUGACAAAUAAA